UUAGGCUUGUUUAUGUUCUUUGUCUAGCCAUUCAACAAGCUCUAUUUGCGAUUCUUGUGCACCGAAAUUCUUAAAUCAAUUUAACAAAAUGCAUAAGGCCUACAGUGUGCAGUCAAUCCUGAAGCAAGGCGUUCAAAUUGAAGCAAUUGCAGCUUACGGUAACCAUGUUAUAUUGGGCACCAGGAGCGGUCAGCUCAUAAUGUACUCAGUGGACAAAAAUACAGGAGUGGAUAUGCGAAUGUUUAACAAGAAUUUCAGCAAGAAACCAAUUACACAGAUGGAGGUGGUUGCUGCUGAAAAUCUCCUUUUCGUGCUGACGGACAAUAUGAUUCAUGUGUGUGACAUAAGUCGCAUUGAGAAUAAUUUCGAAUUCAUGCACAGUUCUGCGGACACAAAGGGUUGUACGCUCUUUACAAUGGAUGUGGACUCUCGUAAAUCGACAACUGGCGAAUUGGCCACGUUUAUACGAAUUGGCUGUGCCAUCAAUCGCCGUAUCGUGUUCUUCUUUUGGAAAAAGGAUAAGCUUGCUUCCUUAGAGUUGACUAUCGAAUUGAUUGAUGUGCCUCGGGCAAUAAGCUGGGUGAAUCAAACUGUGUGUGUGGGGUACAAGCAUCAAUACGUUAUAUACAAUAUAUCUUGUACUCCACCAAAAAAACACGAACUGAUACUAACCUCCUCCACCAUCAGCCAGGAGCCCAACAUUUGUCUCAUACGCAAAAAUAUGUUAGGCAUAUCCAAAGACAACUACCUGAUGCUCAUUGAUCCCAGUCAAUACACAGCUAAGGAAGGCAGCGCUGAUGGUGGAAUGAAUAAUAAGACAACGCUAACAAUGUGGACAAGUCCACUGAUGGGAUUGGUUUGGGAUGAACCCUUUGCUAUUGGACGCAUUAAAAACACCAUCGAAAUUCGAAGCUUGGUAGGCAAGGAGACAUUGGUGCAAUCCCUGCCAGAGAUAAAGAAUACCAGAUUUCUUGUUCGCUCUGAUAAAGGCACAAUAUUUGCCGCCGCUACAUCUGAACUGUGGUGUAUACGUAUGGUGAACAUCCCUUCACAAAGGGACGAAUUGUUACUUCAAAAGAAAUUUCAAUUGGCCAUAGAACUGACGGAAAUUUCUGAGGAAGAGGUCAACGAUAAGGCACAGACCAUACGACAGAUACAUAUGCUGUAUGCCAAGGAGCUAUUUACCAAUAAAGAGUUCUCAGCUGCUAUGAAGGAGUUCGAAAAGGCUGCUAUUGAUCCCUACGAUGUGAUACGCCUUUUCCCCAGCCUUGUACCGGAGCCCAAGAACAGUGCAGAGGAUGCUACAGUGCCCACAUCCAGCGUACCAAAGCUGGAGGAUCAUGACCUGGAAAAUGCGCACAUGGCCCUUAUUGAGUUUUUAGCCCAGGCACGACAACGAGAAGUGGUCAAACUGCUCGAUACCAAAAGCAGCUCCAAGGCGUUAUUGGAGAUCAUAGACACUACGUUGUUAAAGUGUUAUCUACAGACAAAUGAUGCGCUAGUUGCUCCACUUUUGCGACUUAAUCAGUGUCAUCUAGAGGAGUCUGAGAAAAUGCUCAAAAAACACAAUAAGCUUUCGGAAUUGAUCAUUCUCUAUGAUGGAAAAGGCAUGCACAAGAAAGCUCUGACACUACUAAAAGAACAAGCCAAUGUGGAAGGAUCUGUGUUGCAGGGUGUUCAACGCACCAUCGGUUAUUUGCAGGGACUUGGCGCAGAACACUUGACGUUGAUUUUUGAAUUUGCCGAGUGGGUUAUAGCUAAAGAUCCGAUUGAAGGUCUUAAAAUAUUCACCGAAGAGCUCCUCGCUGUAGAAGCACUACCACGUGCCAAAGUUCUAGACUUUUUGGUGAGCAAAUUCAAGAAUUUAGUCACACCCUACCUGGAGCAUAUUAUCGACGUGUGGGACGACACCAACACACUACGGCACAAUGCACUACUUAAGGAGUACAGUAAACAAGUGCAGCACUUACUCGCUGAGAAGACAAAGGGGCAGGAAACGCCGAAGCUGCAACAUCUACGCUCCAAGUUGUACAAAAUGCUAGAUGAAUCCCAAUACUACUCUCCAGAUCGAGUGCUGCAGGAUUUUCCCACCACAGUGCUGCUAGAGGAGCGUGCACUUAUUCUGGGUCGCCUCAAGAUGCAUGAAAAGGUGCUGGCCAUUUACAUUCAAGUGCUUGGCGAUGUUAUGAAGGCCAGAACUUAUGCGGAAGGAAACUACGAGCUGGACAAGGACGUUUUCAACAAGCUCCUAGCGAUCAUACUAAAACCAAUGCAACAACCGCCAUACGAGGGUGUUUCCAUGCAUCCAGACUUUGUAAAACCUAACUUGAAAGUGGCACUCGAGUUGCUUAAUGUAUAUACUGUAAAAAUAGAACCAAUUAAGAUAUUGGAAUAUCUGCCGGAUGAUGUGCCCGUGCAUGAACUUAAAACUUAUUUGGAGAUGGUGAUACGCACUGAUCUGGCCGAGCAACAUCAGCGUAAAAUAAUGAUGGGACUUUUGCAAUCAGAGGCAAAGCGACUCCAAUCUGCAGUAGACAUUGAGAAGAAAAAGUGCUUUGAACUAAACGAGGCAACUGUGUGUCCGGAGUGCAAGAAACGCUUUGCCAAUCAAACGGCCUUUGUGCGGUAUCCAAAUGGCCAGGUGGUGCAUCUGUCCUGCUACGACAGAUGUUUGAAAGCGUCCCAGCAAUAAAUCAUCUCCUUUUUCUAUAUGUGUGAUAGUCACUUUAAGUAUUGUAGCUACAUAAAUUGUAAUGUUAAGCACUAAAGUCGA